AAGCAAUGUAAUGUUUGUUACGAGCUAUGUAAUGUUUGUUACGAGCAAUGUAAUGUUUGUUACGAGCAAUGUAAUUUUUGUUACGAGCAAUGUAAUAAUAUUUGUUACGAGCAAUGUAAUGUUUGUUACGAGCAAUGUAAUUUUUGUUACGAGCAAUGUAAUAAUGUUUGUUACGAGCAAUGUAAUGUUUGUUACGAGCAAUGUAAUGUUUGUUACAAGCAAUGUAAUCAAUGUAACGUUUGUUACAAGCAAUGUAAUGUUUGUUAUGAGCAAUGUAACGUUUGUUACAAACAUUGUAAGGUUUUUUACGAGCAAUGUAAUGUUUGUUACAAACAUUGUAAGGUUUGUUACGAGCAAUGUAAUGUUUGUUACGAGCAAUGUAAUUGUAAUGUUUGUUACGAGCAAUGUAAUAUUUGUUACGAGCAAUGUAACUUUUGUUACAAGCAAUGUAAUGUUUUUUACGAGCAAUGUAAAGUUUGUUACAAACAUUGUAAUGUUUGUUACGAGCAAUGUAAUGUUUGUUACAACUAA